GAAAGAAAAAAGAAAUAAAUGAGCCUCUCCUCUCUCUAUAAAUUAACCAAGUGUAGAAGUGGAGGGAAGAUUUUCCCGCCAUUUCCGUCUUAGCUAAAACUGUUCUUCCUCUUGCAAAAGAGAAGAAAAGAAAACCCUAACCCUAGGCCAGCCAGCGACAGCCAUGGAAGAGCAAAUCAAAGCUGAAUUCCUGAAAAAUGGCUUCGCUCUCGAUGAUGAAGCAGAAAUUCUUAACAAAUGUCUUACAUUCUGUAUACAAUACAACCUAAGCCCUUCCGAUCUCGUUUCUAGCUGGGACGUUUACUCUCUCAACAGGGGGCUGGAAUUGAUGGUGCAGAGUUCACAUAUGGGUGCAUUUCUACAACAAUUACAGAAUGAACGGAGAGAGGACAUUGUUAAAAAGGAACCUGGUUUACAUUUCUACUCCAGUGAUAUUUCUAUGAUAUUGAAUGAUGAAUACGAGGAUACCAAGGAAAUCAUUCUAGGUACCCCAACAGAUAAACGAAAGUCAUCACAAGCAGAAACAACUGCUUCAGCACAAAAAACUAAUGGGAGCAUUUCCACCUCCAGAAAGCAUCUAGAAACAAUUACACCCUUCGGACAAAGAAGGAACAAGUUUGUGGUGCAGUUUUCUCUCAAUGAGAAGGCCAAUGGAGAAAGCAUGAAAAUAGAACAUGAUCAGGAGAACCCCAAUGAUGACAUCAUAAAGAGGGUCCAACCAAGCAAAAGAUGUUCUUUGCAAAUCAUUAGCUCUCAACCUGAGCCAGGGUGCAAGUUCAUGUAUGACAGGAUGGAAAAUAAGUUUAAUUUUCUUGAAAGCCGAAUAAAAGAUCAUGCAACAGCACUUGUAGCCUCUGGAUUGCAUGAGGAACCAACUGAUCCUACUGUUGCUUCACAGAGAUCUGUAUUUGCUGUUGGAAUGAUUUGUUGUGAGGAAGAAGGGCGUUUGAAGGAAAAGCCUAUUUUACUGCAAAGCAGCGUUGAGCAUUCUGGAGGUCAGCGUGUGCGCCUUGACUUGCAAAACUUGAACCACUUCUCUAUUUUCCCUGGCCAGGUGGUUGGUGUUGAAGGGCAUAACCCAAGUGGCCACUGUCUAAUUGCAUCAAAAAUUGUUGAUCACAUUCCUUUGUCGGUUUCUUCCACGGGAAAUCCCGCACCUUCUAAGAAGCAAGCAAUGGAUCAAGAUCUUCAGUCAACCAACGCCUCAUGUGCUAUGCCAGAGCUGUCAUUGAUUAUAGCUGCAGGUCCUUUUACAACUGUUGAUAACUUAUUCUUCGAACCUCUUACCGAGCUUCUAUCAUAUGCACGUCGCAAGCAGCCUCAAUUGAUCAUCCUGCUAGGACCAUUUAUAGAUUCGGAUCAUCCCGAGAUCAAGAAAGGAACCGUGAAUAGGACAUUUGAUGAAAUCUUUGAGGAUGAAAUUCUUGCGAGGUUGAGAGAUUAUGGAGAAUAUAUGGGUUCUGCUGCUCGGGUGAUUCUUGUUCCAUCUGUUCGAGAUGCUAACCAUGACUUUGUUUACCCUCAGCCAGCCUUCGACAUUCACUCACCCGAUCUAGAAUAUCAGAUAAAUAGCAUUACAAAUCCUGGAGUAUUCUGUGCAAAUGAGGUGAAAGUGGCUUGCUGUACGGUGGAUGUUCUUAAACAGCUUAGUGCGGAGGAGAUUUCACGAAAUCCACAAGGGGGA